GAACUUCUUCGUCAAAAUGGGUGCUAUUCCGGAAUCCGACCCCGAUGAGCCUCAAGUCACCAAGCCCUUCAAGUUCGUAACAGGUGGUUACGACGCUCGUUUCCCCCAGCAGAACCAGACCAAGCACUGCUGGCAGAACUACGUCGACUACUACAAGUGUGUCGAGGCUAAGGGCGAGGAAUUCCGUCCUUGCACCCAGUUCUACCACGCCUACCGUGCUCUCUGCCCCAAGGCCUGGACUGACCGAUGGGACGGCCAACGCGAGGGCGGUAACUUCCCCGUUCAAUUGGACCGGUAGAUCAUUUCAUCUUGUAUGACUCCAGUCAAUGUCAACAUGUAUUCUACUUGAAUCAAGCGGAGAUGGAUUCAGUUUCUGUGGAGCUCCUCAACCCAAACAGAUUGUAUUUAGGAUCAGAGUUCAUUUCUCUCCAUGGUCUAAUUGAACGUGUAAGCAUAGGUCAUUGGCACUUGCCAAUUCUAUACCAGUUCACUGGGGGAUGCUUCUUGGUUUCGUUUGGGCCAGAUGGUACAAUGGUAAUCAAUUCCUGACUACUCC